AUGAGAUAUGAGAAAAACAAGAUGAGAGUCGUUAUUGGACCAUGUUGCCCCACCAUCUUUGCUCCGAAAGAAGAUUUUGGUCUUCAUCACUCAAAUUCAUUCUGGAUUCUCAAGGGUUUCAGACUUCCUGUUGGACUUGUUAGUUGCAAUGGGUAUGCAAACCAUCCUUCCCUUUUAGGGAUUGAACUUUUGAAUGAGCCCUCUGCCUCCAGAGUUCCACUGGAUGUCUUAAUUUCAUACUAUUCAAAGGGGUACCAAAUUGUGCAGAAAUAUUCAUCCUCCGCUUAUGUGAUUAUUUGCCAGCGAAUCGGCAAUGCAGAUCCAUUGGAGCUGUAUCAAGCCAAUAUUGGGUUCUCAAACAUUGUGGUCGAUUUGCAUUAUUACAACCUCUUUGACACAUUUUUCGUUAAUAUGAGUGCUGCCGAUAACAUUGAGUACAUACUCAAGAGUAGGCAAACACAACUUCAGGUCCUGAACAAAGCAAAUGGUCCAUUAGUAUUUAUUGGGGAAUGGGUGAAUGAAUGGACCGUGACAAAUGGUUCUCAAGUGGACUAUCAAGAUUUUGGAAGAUCCCAGUUAGAGGUUUAUGAUACAGCCUCCUUUGGAUGGGCAUAUUGGACACUCAAGAAUUACAGAAAACACUGGGAUUUUGAAUGGAACAUCAAUAACAACUAUCUCCAAUUAGGUGAGUCAUCAAAGCAGAAAAUUUCAAGUGGUGCUUGGUUGCUUGCAUUGGCAUAUUGGUGUCUUAAUUUGGAUUACAUAUUAUGACAGAACAAACCAAAGUUACCUCACAGAUACAUAAUAGAAGAGCAAUAUAUUCAGUUCUUUCUUAGCCUUCAUGGCUCAUCAUCACACACAUAUCUGAACUGUAAGUGUUUCAAAUAGCAUCUGAGAAAAGAUCCAACCAUCCACGGAAUAUGAAUACUGUUGUAAAAUAUUGAGGCUCAUAUUUGGCAUUCUUUUUUUAUACUAUACAUUCAAAAUAUCAAAUUCAGUUCUUGCUUCCAAAAUAAGUGCCAUUUUGAACAGCUUUUCUUACAAAUUUAAUGUCCAUUGUCUAAAGCCACUGUUUAUGGAUCAGAAUGUACACUCUCUUAACCACCUGGGCAAUAGAAAAAUACCCAAGAAAAAUCACCACCAGAAAGCCAAAAUAGGACAAUGGCAAUAUACCUAGUUCCAUGACUUUCCCAAUUGGUGUCAAAGGAAUUGCAAUCGCAAUUGCAGAAAUCAUGACAGUAGAGCAGAUCAGUGGCCAUGAUGCCACUUCCUGGAUGAAUGGGAUUUUUUCAGUUCGAACCAAGUGGAUUCCCUCAAUAAACCAAGCUGAAUGGAAGAAGUUGGCUUGUAGUGGACUGUGGGUCCCAUAGUAGAAACAGAUGAACACAAGGGUGACAAUAUCACAGAUAGAAAACAGAGGUGCAUUCCACAACAGGAACCAGAGUAAGCCUUUGGGGGACCAUUUUUGUGGGAUCUUCACAUAAUCUUCCUCCAUCUUGUCCCAAGGGGAUUGGUAUUUGACCUACAGUGUACAAGAAGUUUUGUGUCAGGAACUGCCUUGGGGUCAAUGGCUCGAAUGAGAGGAACAACGUAGCAAUGCGGAGUGACAAGACACUGCCUAUGUUGGCAAUCACCGACAUAUUUAUGUAUUUAAAGGUCUUCCCGUAGGUGAAGUGCCCCGCUCAAUACCUGCAACGAGGACAUUGAGGUCUUUCUCUGGUAGUUUGAUGUCAGCGAAGUCCUUUGCCAUGCUUGCCCCUGAAUCAACUGAAAUCCCGACAUCAGUGGCAUCCAAGGCAAAGGAAUCAAUUAUUCCAUCUCCAAACCCCAACAAUGUGGUUACCAGACUUGCAAGGACUGGACUGCACAGACCUUCUGAGUCAGGGUGAGAAGGCUAGCACUGUUACUUAACUGUUUCAUGGAAGGUAGCAUGAUCAAGGAGCUCCAUAUCAGGUCCACUGAUCACAUGGGAGGUCCUGAUACCCACCUCCUUGCAUAUCUUUAUUGCCAAGCAGAGUGAGUCACCAGUCAACACCUUUGCUUUUACUUCUUUCUCUUGCUUUGCAGAUUUCUUCGGAGGGUCAAAGAAGGUUAGAAGACCAAGGAAGAUCAUGUUUGAUUCAACUUUCUCAUUGUUUGUUGUAUACACACCGUUUUGUUCCUGCAGUGUGAAAAAAGUUUGGUUAAUAACAAGAUUGUAGGAACCAUUCAGUAUCAUCCUGGAGAAGCUUCUUAAGCAUUCAGUCAUCUCCAAGAAGAACUCAGAAUGUCGAAAUGAGUUGUCAGUAGACCUGAUUACAGUUGCAACCAACUCUAGUAUACUGUUAGCCAAAUACCAACCAUUGUCCAACAUAAUCUGGCUACCUUAGAAAAAAAGUGACAAAAGUUGAUAAAAGCAUGGGUGACUGAAAAUGAAAUGCACUCUAGAACUAAUUUGACAGUGCUUGCAGUCUAAUCGUUUUUUACA